CCCACUACACACACACACACACACACACACACACGCGCGCACGCACAGGCUCCAAGUGCCAAGCAGGCAAUGGGUAAAGAUCAAACUCCCCAGGCAACAUAUGCUGAUUUAUUUACCCGUGGAUCAAAUGUGGGUAUUCGCACUGUUUGUGGCUGUUUUGACUAAAGCUGAGCUUCACUGAAACUUUGCUAACCAUGGAAGAAACCUGCAGAUCUUCAAGCCUGUUCGUGAACACCGUGUGUCAAUCCUUGGAGGCUGACCCACAGCCGACGACUGACCCGGAUAAUGUAUUCUGUACCUUAGAAGAAGAAAAUAGUCUCUACUUCACUUACAGUGGCCAACCCAACCUCAUCCAAGUGAGGGACCUCAACUACCAGGUCAACACAGAAGCACAGAUUCCCUGGUAUGAGAAGCUGGCGGAGCUAAAAAUGCCGUGGGAGUGGAACUCCGGUACCGAUGGACAGGUGACAGCUCUGAAAAGCUUGAACCUUAGUGUCAGAAGUGGGCAGAUGUUAGCCAUGAUAGGGAGUUCUGGAAGUGGGAAGACCUCACUGCUGGACAUCAUCACCUGCAGAGAUGAAGGAGGAAGAAUUAAAUCCGGGAAAGUAUUGAUCAAUGGAGUGCCAACCAACCGACAACUGGUUAAAAAGUGCAUUGCCCACGUGCGGCAGGACGAUAGGCUGCUACCAAACCUCACCGUCAAAGAGACGCUGGCGUUCAUCGCAAGCCUGCGCCUCCCGAAAGACUUCUCCGCUAAACAGAGGAACAAGAGGAUAGAGGACGUGAUCGCAGAACUCCGACUGAGACAAUGCGCUGACACCAGAAUUGGCAACAACGUAAUCCGAGGAGUGUCCGGAGGUGAGCGACGUCGGGUGAGCAUUGCAGUGCAGCUACUCUGGAAUCCCGGAAUUCUAAUACUCGACGAGCCCACCUCUGGACUUGACAGUUUUACGGCUCACAAUUUGGUGAUGACUCUCUCGAGACUGGCCAGAGGCAACCGUUUGGUCCUGAUGUCUCUCCAUCAGCCCCGCUCAGACAUCUUCCACUUAUUUGACCUGGUGGUUCUGCUUUCCUCAGGGUUAACAACCUACUGUGGAGCAGCUAAGGACAUGGUCUCCUAUUUCACAUCGAUAGGGUGCCCAUGUCCUCGGUACUGCAAUCCUUGUGAUUUCUAUGUUGAUUUAACAAGCAUCGACAGGCGUUCCAAAGAGCAGGAAGCAAAGACCCAGGAAAAAGCCAGCUCCCUUGCCUCCACAUUUUGGGAAAAAGUCAAAGACCUCGAUGACUACGUUUGGAAGCCUAAUGACUGUAACAGCCUUUCAAAUACAGUCAGCGAAAGGAGCACUGUUUCAACUUUCGAGGAGAUUAUUGAAAUGAAGUCAGAUACCAGGGAUCAACUACCUGGAUCUUUGAGGCAGUUCACAAUGCUGCUGAGGCGUCAGGUGUCUAAUGACUACAGAGACCUGCCCACCUUGAUCAUCCACGGCUUGGAAGCGUUCUUGAUGUCGAUGCUCAUCGGAUUUUUAUACUAUGGCCAGGGCGGCAAGGAGUUAUCUCUGCAGGACACAGUAGCCCUGUUGUACAUGAUCGGAGCUUUGACCCCGUUUGCAGUCGUUCUAGAUGUUAUCGCGAAGUGUCACUCGGAAAGAGCAAUGCUUUACCAUGAAUUGGAAGACGGGUUGUAUUCGGUCACUACGUACUUUUUCGCGAAGCUGUUGGGAGAACUUCCGGAGCACUGCGUGUUUGUGAUCGUCUACGGAGUGCCCAUCUACUGGCUGUCGGCGCUGCGGCCCGAGUCGGGCCCCUUCCUCCUGAACUUCCUGAUGCUCUGGCUGGUGGUGUACUGCAGCCGAGCCAUGGCUCUGUGGGUUGCGGCGAUGCUGCCCACUCUGCAGCUCUCGUCGUUCUUUGGGAACGCAUUCUUCACAACCUUCUACCUGACGGGAGGCUUCGUUAUCAGCCUGGAGAACAUGUGGACAGUUGCUACCUGGUUCUCACACAUUUCCUUCCUGCGGUGGGGUUUUGAAGGUCUGCUGCAAAUUCAGUUUGUGGGUUCUAUCUAUUCCAUAUCAAUGGGAAACCUAACCUUACCGAUCACAGGCAUGGAUAUAUUGACGGGGUUAGAUAUGGAUGAGGAGCCACUGUACUUGUGCUACUUGAUCCUGUCUGCCAUCUGCAUCGCUUUCCUGAUUCUGUAUUACUUGUCGCUGAGGUUCAUCAAGCAGAAGUCAAGGCAGGACUGGUGAGACAUCACCUGGAAACAUCCAUCUUGUUGUGUCCCAAACUUCAAAGGACUGGUGUCUGGAACCAUUCCAG